GUUGUCUUUGUGUGUUGUGUCGUUUAAAAGUUUCUUUCGGUCACGGUCAUGCCACGCCGCGCCGAGCAUAAUACCCGCCGAGUUGCUCGAGGUACAUUUCGGCCUUGUGCGCAGCCGUUAACGCACGCACGAACGCCGGCUCCGUGGCAACACCCGCGCACGACUCAAUGGGACCGGGGUUAUGAGCGCGCCUCGCGGCUCAAACCCCGUAUUCCGUGAGGCCCGCCGCCCACUCGUAGUUCUGGCGUUAAUGGUACUACUAUCGAUGCUUCAAAGCCAGUCUGUGGAGAUAGUAGGCGCCAUCCUGGAAGUGACGGCUCGGAUAUUUUAUUUUACCCUAGGACUUUAAGUAUCUUCGGUACCUAACGCCGUCAUACAACAAAAAUCCACGCGAUGAGUGGUGUGUCGGUCUUGCAACAUUUCGAAGUAUAUCAAAAAUCACGGGUAAGUGUAACUUUGCAGGGGGACGUACAACAUAAUUACCGUAGGUCGCCUUUGUCCAGGCUGUGGCAGAGGCGGCAACACGCCCGCAAAAUAUUGAGGUCAUGCAGAAUGCUGGUGUUAUGCAACUUUUGCGUCCACUCUUGCUAGAUAAUGUAUUGCUCGAUGAAAUAAUGAUAGCAACUUAGAUUAUUAACAUCGGACUGAUAGGUGCCAAGUAUUCAACAGUCUGCCGCCCUUGCUCUUGGUCGGUUAGCCAAUUAUAGUGAGGAUUUAGCAGAGGCAGUUGUUGGUAAUGAAAUUCUUCCCCAGCUCGUUUACUCACUCUCUGAACAGAAUGUACGUGAUGCGUUUCAUCAUUUUACAUGAAUUUCUGUGCGUAGCGCUUUGUGAAGAAGGCCGCUUCAUUUGUCCUCCGAGCAGUUGCGAAACAUUCGCCUGAUCUUGCCCAGGCAGUAGUUGAUUCUGGUGCACUGGACGCCCUAGUCCCAUGUCUUGAAGAAUUCGACCCAACAGUAAAAGAGGCAGCUGCUUGGGCAAUUGGUUACAUAGCACAACACACAGCAGAGCUGGCCCAGGCAGUCGUCGACGCUGGUACAGUUGCACUCUUAGUCCUGUGCAUCCAAGAACCAGAGAUAACUCUCAAGCGUAUAUCUGCAUCUGCCCUGUCCGAUAUCUGCAAGCACUCGCCCGAGUUGGCACAAGCUGUCGUAGAUGCUGGUGCUGUGGCUUAUUUGGCCCCGUUGAUUGUGCAUCCUGAUGCAAAAUUGAAGCGCCAAGUGUGCAGCUGUCUCGCUCAGAUAGCAAAACACUCUGUUGACUUAGCUGAGGUAAUUGUUGAGGCAGAAAUUUUCCCAAAUGUCCUAAACUGCCUUAAAGACACUGAUCCUUUUGUGAGAAAGAAUGCUGCAACCUGUAUCCGAGAGGUUGCCAAACAUACCCCAGAGCUUGCAAAACUAAUUGUAAACUCUGGCGGGGCUGCUGCCUUAGUGGAUUACGUUUCUGAAGCUCAAGGAAAUGGCAAGUUGCCCGGUAUCAUGGCGAUUGGUUACAUCGCAGCUUUCUCUGAAACACUAGCACUAGCCAUCAUUGUCUCAAAGGGUGUAGCUCCGCUGAAAGAAGCACUGGUUACAGAGCCAGAGGAUCAUAUUAAGGCAGCUUCUGCAUGGAGCCUGGGUCAAAUCGGUCGUCAUACCUCAGACCAUGCACGGGCGUUGGCAGAGGGCGACGUCCUGCGUCACUUGUUGGCCUGUAUGGUGCACCAAGACAGCUCAGAGGACCUCAAAACUAAGUCCAAACGUGCUUUGAAGGCCAUAUUGGCCAAGUGCACGCAUCUCCAGGCUCUGCAACCGCUCUUGCGUGAGGCACCGGUUAAAGUGCAAAAGUAUGUGCUCAAACAAUUUGCAUCAAUACUUCCUCAUGAUGUUGAAGCGCGCCGCGCAUUUGUCCAGAAUGGUGGAUUGCAAUUUCUACAAGGUUAGUGAGCUUGGUGCCUUUGAGUUGCCUUAGUACUUGUGUUCUUGUCCGCACAGAGCUCAACGAAACUGUUGGUGGUAAACUAACAAAAUUCAUCCAACAGAUAAAUAGCUGCUAUCCGCCUGAAAUAGUCGAAUAUUAUUCACCAAAUUAUUCGAAGCGCCUUUUAGAAAAGAUAGAAGAUUACGCUCCCAGCCUAUAGUCAUGCAGCAGCUGAACAUUGACUUGAGCACCAGGUAUUUUGGCUGGACUUCUGAUAAGCUGCCUGAGGCAGAGGGACAAGCAAGCUCCCUGGACGCGUCGGGCAAUCCUGAUGCGGCUUGUGCUGGGCUAAAUUGCAAAUCACUGGGUCAACCCGCAAUUUGCCUAAUUCACCGACCCAUCCCAGCCACGCAGAGAGGCUGAGUAACCCGGUAAAAAAAGGCAUGAUAAACUUUUCACGGUCACCUGCCCUGAGGGCAGCUAAAAACACGUACAAUAUGAUCCUUUCGGCUGUGCGCCUUCCCGCGGUCCCGCGGAUGGAUCGAAGCGCAGCUCCGGCGGCUUUCGAGCCUGGGGGGAUCGGGGGGGGAUUGGGGCGCGCUGCGCCGCCAAAGACAGCCGUCUACCGCCCAUAACUUCGCACCACCCGAUCCGUUUGUUAGGGUCGAAUGGGAAUAUGAUAGGUCUGCCGCCUCGUCCGAGGUCGGGGGCGCCGUACGCGACCACUCCGACGUAUCAUGAUUAGCCCUAGAAGCCAGCGACCCUCAGAAUGCAAUGGAAAUACACGUCUAGUAGGAUCCCAAGGUCCAACUGAGACGUAUCCAAGCACAACCCGUACUUGUAUUACCCG